CACGCUGUCCACGCGUCCAGGCAGCAGCAAGUCCAACGCAGCCAGCCACAGGCGUAUGAUGAGGCAGUUUGGCAUCAACAAACCAGCGCACAUGUGAAUGGGCCAUGCUGACCUGCAGCGCGCGUGCCUCCCGAAACCGUAGUCAACCAACCACUUGCUUUUUCCCGCAGCAUCUCUAGCCUCACCUUUUCCUCUCUCGGAGCAAGUGUCGCAACCAUGGCCGACGUCCUUAGCUGCCCCUUCUGUGAUUUUACCAGCUCUGAUUCGUACUUUCUCAUUCUGCACGUCGAAGAGCUUCAUACCGACGACUCGCCAUUCAAAGUAACUGAGCCGUCGGAGCCUCCUACCUCAGCGCUCUCUCAGACAAAGAAAGAACAACCCCGCAAUAGGGACGACUCCCCGUUCGGCACUGACGAAUGGGUGCUCUGUCCAGAAAAAGACUGCGAUGAGCAAGUCUACUUAUCAGAACUCAAUGAGCACCUAGACCUGCAUCUGGCAGCAGGCCUUACAGAACCGGAACACAGCUCAUCCACUAAACGCGACAAGAUGUUCACUCCCAUUGCUUCGGAGCAUUCAUUCCAUUCAGGCCUAUCGGACAGACAUCGCCACGGCAAAAUGCGGCCCCGGGCUGACUCCCAGAAGUCGACGCUUGCCCGCAGCAUCUUGGAUAUCUUCUGCCCGGUUUCCAGGCAGAAGGGAGGCCCAAAAAGGAGCAAGGAACAUAGUGAUGACUACGGUGCACGCCUAGGCAAAGCAGAGCUCGGCCCGUAUGCCUACGAAGACCAGAUGCCGAAUUGGCUGUAUGAGCAGUUAAAGGCAGGUGGCAAAAAGACGACGCUCAACCGCAUCGGCCGCGAUGGGCGCCUGAUCAAGCAUGAAAUCAUCGAGAACGAGACCCCUGGCGUUUUGCCAAUGCUGGCCCAACUGUGCGCGCUUGAGAAGUCGGUCAAACAUGCGUACUUGUGCCAUCCAGCCACGCUGCAAAUUGGCAAGACUCGCAGAGAAGGCAGCUUCUGUGGCUACCGUAACCUCCAGAUGCUAGUGUCGUACAUUCAGGGCGCUAAAGCGCAGGGCCAUGAUCGUUUUACCGCCGGCACACCUAACAUUCUCAAGUUGCAGGAUAUGGUUGAAGAUGCCUGGGAUAAGGGAAUCAGUGAGAUUGCACGUGAACAAACUGGUGGUAUCAGAGGUACACGGAAAUAUAUUGGCACCCCGGAGGUCGAAGCUGUCUUACGCAGCCUGGAAAUUGACCAUGGUAUUCAAAUGUUCACCGACCGCGACGACAGUCAAGCACAUGAGCAGCUACUCGCGGACAUCGAAGGUUAUUUCAGAAGCGGCGUGUCGGAUGACACGCCGGAGACCAAAAUCUACAAGACGUGUCUCCCACCCAUAUACCUCCAACAGCCUGGUCACUCUCUCACUAUCGUUGGCUUUGAAAAACACCACGAUGGCUCGCGCAAUCUGCUUGUGUUUGACCCACAGUUCAACCCUACGCCGGGGAUGAUGAUGAUCCUAGGCCGAAGAGGGCUGCGCACGCCGCGACCUGAACUGCUCCAUGUCUAUAGGCGUGGCCACAGGCAUUUGAGCAAACGCAGAGACUUUGAGAUGAUCAAACUGACAGCACACCCACCGUUAUUUCCAGUGUGGGAUGUAUGAGUUUGUCCUACAUCGGAUGACGAUCCUCAUCCAAUAUAAAUACUCAACCAUUACCCAAUUAAGCCCAUACAGAUUUCAAAGAUAUCGGAUCGUGUUACAUUCUUGCUAAACUACGCUCCUU